AUGGCCAAUGAAGAUGGAGACGAAGAAAUGGACAUUGUUGAUGAAGGUGGUCAAGAUGAUCUUCCACUAGCAGACAUGGAAGAAAACAGCACCAUGGAUGGGAGCAAACAAGAAAAUGCUGAAAAUGGGAAAUCCCAUCCAGACACAUCUGAAAAUGUAUGCAUUGAGGAACAAGGUUCUGAGGAUACAGAAGAUAAUAUGGAAGAAGAAAUAUGCCAACAAGUUGAGAAGCAUGAGGUCAUUGUCGUUCAGAGUGGUGAACCUACCACAAACACGCACAGUUUCUCCAGAAGUGAUAUAGGAGACGAUCAUAAUUGUGCUAAGGACAUGGUUCCUUCUAGCCUCAGCACAGUUCCAUGUGAAGUAUUCCCAGUUCCUAAAUCUCCCACUCCAAGUGUCUCGCCAAAAGUGAAUAAUAGCAGUAGGAAAAGUCUUAGGACUUCAAUAGUGCUGACUGAUUUCCACAAAGAUCUCAAAGAAAGUAACUUAGGUUCAGAGGCUGUACAUAUAUCUUUUGCAAAGCCUUCAAAAAGCAACUGUUUGAAUGCUUUGUCUGGUCAAAUAAGUAAAAGUUGUUUUGCAUCAACUGAACAAUUGGCUGCUAGUCUCCAUCGUGGCCUCGAAAUUUUUGGCAGCCAUCGCCAGGUUUCAGCUUUGAGGCGGUCUUCAUUCAGGUUUCCUUACAAACAAGAAGACAUUAUGCCAAUUUUACCAGUUCAAAGAGUUGAUGUGGGCAUUCAAACUCUUCUUCAAGAUACUGAGAUGCUGGAACAGGACUCUGUCAUCUUUCUGUGUCAUAAAUGCAAGACUAGAGAUUCUCAAGAGCUCAAAGAUGCCAAUAACAGUUCGAACAUGCAGUUAGUACCUGUAGAAGGGCCACAGUCAGCUGAUAAAUCUAAGAAGCAAGUUCCCAAAGCAGUAGAAAAGGUUUUGGCAGGAUCAAUUAGGAGAGAGAUGGCAUUAGAAGAAUUCUGUGCUAAGCAAACAUCUGAAAUCAUGCACCUUAACCGUUUGAUGCAACAAUACAAACAUGAGAGGGAAUGCAAUGCCAUAAUUGGACAAACACGGGAAGAAAAAAUUGUUCGUCUUGAAAGCUUGAUGGAUGGUAUUUUAUCAACUGAGGAGUUCAUGGAAGAUGAAUUAGUGUCAUUGAAAAAUGAGCUUCAGCUUUUAAAGGAAGAAAUCGAUAACAAUCCAGAAGUUUUGAGGACCAAAAUUGAAUUAAGAAGAGUUCUAGAUGAACUGGAACGGUAUAGAAACUUCUUUGAUAUGGGUGAAAGGGAUGUGUUGCUGGAAGAGAUUCAAGAUUUAAAAAGCCAGCUACAAUACUAUAUAGACUCUUCACCUAAGUCGGCUCGGAAACGAGGUCCUUUGCUGCAAUUAACUUAUUCAUGUGAGUCCAGAGUGGAUCCACCUUUGUGCGCCAUUCCAGAGUUGACCGAGGAGAGUGCUGAGCAGAAACUUGAGCAGGAAAGAAUUCAUUGGACAGAAUCUGAAAGCAAGUGGAUUUCUCUAGCAGAAGAUAUGAGAAUUGAACUUGAAGCUAGCCGGUCACUCGCUGAGAAGCAAAAAAUGGAACUAGAUAUGGAAAAGAAAUGCUCAGAAGAGUUGAAGGAAGCCAUGCAGAUGGCCAUGGAGGGCCAUGCACGCAUGCUUGAACAGUAUGCAGAUCUUGAGGAGAAACACAUGCAAAUGCUUGCAAGGAAACGGAAGAUUUUGGAGGGAAUAGAUGAUGUCAAGAAAGCUGCUGCAAAAGCUGGGGUGAGAGGUGCUGAAUCCAAGUUCAUAAAUGCCCUGGCUGCAGAAAUUUCAGCAUUGAAAGUGGAAAGAGAAAAAGAGAGGCGAUAUCUUAAGGAUGAGAAUAAAGGGCUUCAGGCCCAACUUAGGGAUACAGCUGAAGCUGUGCAGGCAGCUGGCGAAUUACUCGUGCGGCUUAAAGAAGCAGAAGAAGCUGUUGCCACUUCACAGAGGCGAGUGGCAGAAGCUGAACAAGAAACUCAGAUGGCUUACAAAGAGAUUGACAAAUUGAAGAAGAAACAUGAAAAAGAGAUUAGUGCUUUUAAAAAGUUCCAAGCAGAGUCCCAUUUGUCUAAAGAAGCAUUACGACCUGUUUAUGAUGACUCGAAUGUAGCGGACUAUGAUGAAGUGAAACUCCACAGUCCAGGUGAUCAGCGAUGGAGAGACGAGUUGAAGCCAUUUUAUAAUGCUGAAGAAGGGGAGUCGUCCAAACUAACAGAACCCUCUUCGUGGUUUUCAGGGUAUGAUCGAUGCAACAUAUAGAGACAGGAUUUUAGUGGCAACUUUUACUGUAUAUGUAUUACUAACUUUUUCUGUUGUAUAGCUGUGAAAUUGUAGCUGUUUCUGUUGGUCCUGUAGUUCUCUCACCAUUUGUGAAGUCCAGUGUAUUGCUUCUCUUAAUUGUGCUUUUAUACAGUUUGAAUGCUUGCAACAUAAGAAUUGAAUGAAUGAAU